ACAGCUACAGCUAGCUCAGCAGGUCAACUCGUUUAUUUCUCAACAAUCUAAAAGCAAGAUGCUUUCUCGCUACCAGGCAGCAAUGGUUCUUAGUGGAGUAGGGGAUGCUAUGGGAUACAAGAGUGGCGACUGGGAAUUCAACUUCGUCGGCCAAGACAUCCACCACGAGUUGAGGAAACUCGGUGGGCUUAAAGCUCUUAAAAUAAAGCUGCCUGACUGGCAGGUCAGCGAUGAUACAGUUUUACAUCUAGCCACAGCAGAAGCUCUAGCAACCAAUAAACCAGUUGGUGAUGACCUGUUUGCAGAGAUUGCUUUUCACUACAAAAAAGGAGGCACCAAAGACAUGAAAGGAAGGGCCCCAGGUGCAACAACAAUGAAUGCACUCCAUCAAUUAAAGCCAAUGUCUCCGAAGGGAUACAUCAUUCCAUUUAACAAUAGAGGAGGUGGAUGUGGGGCCGCAAUGCGAGCCAUGUGUAUAGGUCUGAGAUAUAACAGACCAGAGCAACUAGAAGACCUUAUAGCUGUCAGUGUAGAGAGUGGUCGGAUGACACAUAACCAUCCAACCGGAUUCCUUGGGAGCUUAGCGAGUGCUCUUUUCACUUCUUUUGCUGUGCAAGGCAAACCAGUCCAUCAGUGGGGAGCAGCACUGAUGAGUACACUGCCUAAAGUCAUGGAAUACAUCAAGUCCGUUGGUAGAGAUGUGGAACAAAAUGAGUCCAAGUGGAAUUACUUUGAAGAAAAAUGGAAAAGCUACUUGGAUCUACGCGGCAUCUCUGACGGAACAAGUGGCCCCAAGUUCCCUGAAGUGUACGGCAUCAAAGAGAGGGAUGAGUUUUACAAGUCGGUUAGCUUCUCCGGCUGGGGUGGUGCAAGCGGCCAUGAUGCCCCGAUGAUUGCCUAUGAUGCACUGCUGGGAGCUGGUGACUCUUGGAAAGAGUUCUGCCUACGUGGCAUUCUACAUGGUGGGGAUAACGAUUCUACCGGUGCCAUAGGGGCAUGUUGGUGGGGAGCUCUUUAUGGGAUGAAGGACGUCCCUCUCAAGCAUUACGAGAAAUUGGAGUAUAGGGCCAGGUUGGAGACAGUGGGGCAGGAACUAUACAAGCUCAGCCACCCUGAGUAGCAGUAUGGGUCGGACUGUAGAAUGGUCCCCUGUCUUAUUCCAAGGAUUUUCCUCAGAGGGACAGGAUACCUCUGGUAAUAGACCCUUCCAAUGAAAUAUGUAAAUUGCACUCAGCGCGUGCGCACUAACGUUUUGGUUGGCAAAAUGAGGGAGUAUCGCGCUGUU